UCCAUCACCACGACAACCCUCUCUCUCUCUCUCUCUCUCUCUAGCAAUCAUGGCCUUCCUCCUCAACAAACUCUCCCUCGUCUUCCUCCUCUUCCUUGCCUCAUCUUCUCUCAGAAUCCAUGCUAGAGAGAGCCGAUUCUUCAUGAAGACCACACGCCCCGAGGACCCCAAGGAAGCCACCCGCAUCACCGAAGAGACCCCUGCCGUCAAAACGGAGGAGCCUCGGACGAUUCCUCCAGUCCGAGGCCUGAGUGGUCGUGGCUAUGGUCUCUAUGGCCAUGGCCAGGAGCAAUUCACACCAACUACCGCAACCAAUUACUACAACAAUAAUAACUACUACAGUAACAACAAUGCCCGUCCCAAUGCCAAUACCUUCCCCUCCAGCUUCCCCGACGCCGAGCUCGCCAGCGAAAGCUACGACAAUGGUGGAUACAACUACGGCAACCACUUCAACAACGCCAACAACAGUCCGUCAAAGUUCUCCAACGAGGAGUUCAAUAGCAGAAGCUAUGAGACCAAGCAGUACAACAACUACGUAGACAACAAGCAAUACGGCAUGAGCGACACAAGAUUCUUAGAGAAUGGGAGGUACUUCUACGAUGUUAAUGGCGAGAGAAACCGGAAUCAUUACGGCACAUACCCAACCAGGGGGAAUCCUGAAGCCGGCGUGAGGGCUGGUAAGUACGGAAAUGGAGUCUAUGGGAAUGGGAAUGCUAGUGGAUACAACAAUGCAAUGGAAUACCAAAACAACCAGGUGAACCAGGAGAGUCAGGAGGACUAUGUUCCAUGAGAGAUUAUUUAGGAGUUAAUCGGAUGGAAAGUGAUGGCACGACAUUGAAGCAAGAUGAACAUUAGAUGGUUAUUAUGAUGCGUAUGUAAUGUUUUGUCUUUAUUUUAUGAUGCUCGUAUGGGAUUGCUAUUGAUGUGUAGAGUGGAUGUCUUCCCACAUAAUCUUAUUAUGCGGUUUAGUCUAAUAUGUACUAUCCAUGCAUUGGAUAUACCUUAGAUAUUUAUAUAUCAUUGUAAUCUUCUUCUUC